AUGGAUAAGACUAGCGUAAUAUUAUUAGUACUCGGCUCGGCCAAAGUACUAUUACCGCGAUUAAGUACAUCAGCGGCGACGUGGCUGAAGCGGAUUUUCGAUCCAGAGACCAAGGAGCGGGCGAAUAACAAGCCACAGGUAUUAAUCUAUAAUAGCUUUAGUACGCAUAAGACCCUAGAGAUUCUUAAGUAUUAUUUCGUAAACAAUAUUAUACUAUGUCGACUUCCUUCUCACACUUCUCACAAGCUGCAGCCGUGCGACGUCGCUGUCUUUACUCCACUGAAGGCAGCCUAUCGCGAACAGGUCGAACGACUAGAGCAGGGAGGCGUUAAUAUAAUUAGUAGGCUUUGCGGCCCCUUUACCGCAUCGACAGCCAAUAAAGCUAUUGUUGGGCCAAGUUCCCCAGAGCAAAUUCCCCUAACCCCCGUGACACCAGUGUCAGCUGAAGGUCUGAUGUCCCUGCAGAAUCUGAUUAUCGAGCAGGAUGCCCGUGCUCUCGACGAGAAGAGCAAACAAAGCCUACAGAGACACCUUCUCAAGUUCUCUAAAGCCGCUCACCUAUCUUUCGCCAGAGGAGCCCUUCAGCAGAACCACAUCCAACUCCUACUAAAGGUCAAUAACGAAGCUAAAGUGCGACGAUUAAUAAAGUCACUAGUAUUAGGAACGGCCAAGGUCAUAGGCUACGAGGAGCUCCGAUAUGCGCGUGCGAAGCGUGCUAAAACGGAGGCUGCUAAGGCGACUAAAGCUAAGGGGAAACGGGGUCGAAAGCGAACUAAAGCGUCGUCAGAUACAGACGCAAUAGAGCCAAAGCGAAAAAUAGCGCGAGCGAGUGAAGGACUGGCGCCAACGCGGGCCUCGGUACUGUCACCAAGGGUCCCUGUGGCACGCAUGUACUAG